CGUGGAAACCCUGGAGAAAUCAUAAAAACAAGAUAUCGUUGUUUUUCGCAAAUCCCAGCUUUUACAAUAUUGGCAUAUUUGCUUUUGUUCCCACACUCUGCUAGGGUUUUCAGAGUCGCCGCGCUUCUGCUCUCCUCCUCCGUCUUCUUCUUCCGUCAACUCGGUCUUCGACUCGGAUUGAUCACUUGAUCGCUCUCUCUCACCGAGUCCACCCACCAACUCGGAAUUCAAAUGGCGAUGGAAGUUACCCAAAUACUUUUAAAUGCACAAGCAGUUGAUGGGAAUGUACGCAAGCAUGCAGAAGAUAGCCUCAGACAGUUUCAAGAACAAAAUCUUCCAAGUUUCUUGCUCUCUCUUGCUGGAGAAUUGGCCAAUGAUGAGAAGCCUGUUGAGAGUCGUAAACUAGCGGGCUUGAUCCUCAAGAAUGCUUUGGAUGCCAAAGAACAACAUAGGAAGUUUGAGCUCGGACAAAGAUGGUUGUCCUUAGACCCAUCUGUGAAGGCCCAGAUCAGAGCUUGUUUGUUAAAGACCCUUUCUUCUCCUGCCCAUGAUGCUCGGUCAACUGCAUCUCAAGUUGUUGCAAAGCUUGCCGGGAUUGAGUUGCCACUCAAACAGUGGCCUGAACUGAUAGAAGCUCUAUUGUCAAAUAAUAAUCAACUUCCAGCUCAUACCAGACAGGCAACUCUUGAAACUCUUGGGUACAUAUGCGAGGAAGUAUCCCCAGAUGUUAUAGAGCAAGAGCAAGUGAAUAAAAUGCUUACUGCUGUAGUUCAGGGCAUGAACUCUACCGAGACUAACAAUGAUGUCAGGCUUGCUGCCACUAGAGCUUUGCAUAACGCUUUGGGUUUUGCUCAGGCAAAUUUCUCCAAUGAUAUGGAGCGUGACUACAUAGUAAGAGUUGUAUGUGAGGCUACUCUUUCCCCUGAAGUGAAGAUUCGACAGGCAGCCUUCGAGUGUUUGGUUUCUAUAUCUUCAACCUAUUAUGAGAAGUUGGCUCCGUACAUCCAAGAUAUAUUUAGCAUCACUGCUAAGGCUGUGAAGGAAGAUGAGGAACCUGUUGCACUUCAAGCCAUUGAGUUUUGGAGUUCAAUCUGCGACGAGGAGAUUGACAUAUUAGAAGAAUAUGGGGGGGAUUUUACUGGGGAUUCUUCUAUUCCAUGCUUUUACUUUAUCAAGCAAGCACUUCCUGCCCUAAUUCCUUUAUUAUUGGAGACUCUUCUUAAGCAAGAAGAGGAUCAGGAUCAGGAUGAAGUGGCCUGGAAUGUUGCAAUGGCUGGUGGAACUUGCUUGGGCUUGGUAGCACGGACAGUUGGAGAUGAUGUUGUUCCACUUGUAAUGCCAUUUAUUGAGGAGAAUAUUACAAAGCCAGAUUGGAGGCAGAGGGAGGCAGCCACUUACGCAUUUGGUUCAAUUUUGGAAGGUCCAUCCCCUGACAAGCUCAUGCCUCUUGUCAAUGUUGCUCUGAGUUUCAUGCUAAAUGCUUUGACGAAUGAUCCAAAUAACCAUGUGAAGGACACUACUGGUUGGACUCUUGGAAGAAUUUUUGAAUUUCUUCAUGGGUCAACUUUGGAGACACCCAUAAUAACCCAAGCGAAUUGCCAACAGAUUAUCACAGUUCUUCUUCAGAGCAUGAAGGAUGUUCCAAAUGUGGCUGAGAAAGCUUGUGGUGCACUCUAUUUUCUGGCCCAGGGUUUUGAGGAUGCAGAAUCUUCCUCCUCCCCUCUGACUUCCUUUUUCCAGGAGAUAGCCCAGGCCCUUCUGGAUGUUACUCACCGAGAAGAUGCUGGCGAAUCCCGCUUGCGAACUGCAGCUUAUGAGGCUCUGAAUGAAGUUGUAAGAUGUUCCACUGAUGAGACUGCUCCAUUGGUGAUGCAAUUAGUUCCUGUCAUAAUGAUGGAACUCCACCAGACUCUUGAGGCGCAAAAGCUUUCAGCUGAUGAGAGGGAGAAGCAGAAUGAAUUACAAGGCCUUCUUUGCGGUUGCUUGCAGGUCAUCAUACAGAAGCUAGGGUCAUCUGAACCAACAAAAUAUGUCUUCAUGCAGUAUGCUGACCAGUUGAUGGGUCUGUUCUUGAGAGUAUUUGCCAGUAAAAGUGCCACAGCUCAUGAGGAGGCCAUGCUUGCCAUUGGAGCUCUUGUCUACUCAACAGGCUCUGAUUUUGCCAAGUACAUGACCGAGUUUUAUAAAUAUUUGGAAAUGGGUCUCCAGAAUUUUGAGGACUAUCAGGUUUGCGCCAUCACCGUUGGUGUGGUGGGGGAUGUAUGCAGGGCUUUGGAGGAUAAAGUAUUACCUUAUUGUGAUGGGAUAAUGACCCAGCUCCUCAAGGAUUUGUCCAGCAACCAGUUGCACCGAUCAGUGAAACCUCCCAUAUUUUCAUGCUUUGGUGACCUAGCUUUGGCAAUUGGGGAGAAUUUUGAGAAGUAUUUGAUGUAUGCUAUGCCCAUGCUUCAGAGUGCCGCAGAGCUAUCUGCCCAUACAUCAGGUGUCGAUGAUGAUAUGAUAGAGUACACAAAUACAUUGAGAAAUGGAAUUAUGGAGGCGUACUCUGGUAUCUUGCAAGGAUUUAAGGGCUCCCCAAAGACCCAAUUGUUGAUGCCGUAUGCACCUCAUGUUCUCCAGUUCUUGGAUAGUUUAUACAUAGAGAAGGACAUGGAUGAUCUGGUGAUAAAGACUGCCAUUGGGCUACUUGGAGAUCUCGCUGAUACGCUGGGUAGUGCUGUCGGUCCGCUAAUUCUGCAAUCUAUGUCAGCCAAAGAGUUCCUAAAUGAAUGUCUUAUGUCAGAUGAUCCUUCGAUAAAGGAAUCUGCAGAAUGGGUUAAGAUCGCUAUCAGUCGGGCAACUAACUUUUGAGGCGACUGCUGCUUAGCAUAUUCUCGUUCGUACAUGCAUUUGGGUGUCAUGAGUCGGGGUCUGGGAUUGCAUAUCAUGAGAGUCAGGUCAUCACCAUUUUUGGGCUGAUACGUUUGCGUCAAUGGCAGUCAGUAUACCAAAUCAGCAUCGGGGAGUCAGUUUUUUCGUCUUAUUUUUUAAUUAUAUUUUGCUUGCAUUGCAUCGGAGGAAGUUGGCGGUGAUGACUUCUGUGUCUCUGCUAUCUUGGCAGAAAAAGAUGAAUAGAAAACAGAAACUGGUCCAAUGGUAUCGGAGAAAUGAGAUAUAAAAAGUUACCCCAUCAUGCCCCCACCGCUGCUGUCUUCUGUAUGCCGGGAGAAUAGCUGUUCCGUCUGAAGUCGAUGGUGGUAAAGGUUUUGAGCAGCAGUUCUGUAAAGUGUCUGGAUCUUUGGCCUUCUCCGUUCUUCACCGGAAUUUGGUGUCUGAAAGUCCUUAUUGCAUUGUUACAUCAUACGUCAAGUUGUCAUAGAGUUUUGUAGCCCUGUAUACUCGCGUGUUAUGUAGGAUCGGCGAGGUCCGCAUAAUAUUUGGGCAAGAUUCAUGCAUAUUUUAGUCAUAUUUAAGUCAUAUUGUUGUACUCACAGGAAAAUUUCUCAAGUCAAAUGUUAAAUCUCAUGCAUUUUGUUCAUAUGAAAGUUCUUCUGCUGCUGCUUUGUUAUGCCUGGGAUUGGAUUUUGUAAAGCUUUGUGUUUCUAUUUUCGUCGGAUCCGGGCUGUCUUUUUGCUUUGAUCUUGUCAAAGAUAGAUUCGUUAAAUGGUCUUUGAAAUUAGACCUUA